AUGAGCAUUAGUGAAGACGACGUGGAGAAGUUUCUUGAUGGCAACCCUGCUUUUGCCAAGCAGUACUUUGAGAAGAAACUAAAGACAGAGUCCUGGGAUAACAAUGAGAGUGAAAUACUUUUUGAGUUGAUCCAAGACAUGCAAGAAAGCAUCAACAUGGAGAAAGUUGUUUUCAAGACCUUGAGAAGAAUCAGGUCCCUUAUUCAUGCUGACCGCUGUAGUCUCUUCAUGUAUAGGCAGAGAAAUGGCACUCCUGAACUGGCAACAAGGCUUUUCAACAUCCAGGAGGGAAGUACUCUGGAGGAAUGCCUGGUCUCCCCAGACUGUGAGAUUGUGUAUCCACUGGACAUAGGCAUUGUGGGCCAUGUUGCUCAGACCAAGAAAACAAUGAACAUCAAGGAUGUCCGUGAGUGUGCCCAGUUCAGCCCAUUUGUUGAUGAGCUCACCGACUACACGACAAAAAACAUCCUUGCGACACCCAUCCUGAAUGGCAAAGAUUUGGUUGCUGUCAUUGUGGCUAUAAAUAAGCUGAAUGGCCCACACUUCACCAGCUCUGAUGAAACACUUUUCCUCAAGUAUCUGAAUUUUGCAUCCUUGAACUUGAAAAUUUAUCACUUGAGUUAUCUUCACAACUGUGAGACUCGAAGAGGCCAGGUGCUGUUGUGGUCAGCUAAUAAGGUUUUUGAGGAACUGACGGACAUUGAGAGGCAAUUCCACAAGGCUUUUUAUACAGUGAGGGCAUACCUGAACUGCGACCGGUACUCGGUUGGUCUCCUGGACAUGACAAAGCAGAAGGAAUUUUUUGAUCUGUGGCCAGUCCUGUUGGGAGAAGUACCCCCCUACACAGGGCCUCGAACCCCGGAUGGCAGGGAAAUAGUCUUUUACAAGGUCAUUGAUUAUAUAUUACAUGGAAAAGAAGACAUUAAAGUCAUCCCAAAUCCUACCCCGGAUCACUGGGCACUAGUUACUGGACUGCCAGCCUAUGUGGCUGAAAGUGGAUUUAUUUGCAACAUUAUGAAUGCUGCUGCAGAUGAGAUGUUUAACUUUCAGGAAGGUCCUCUAGAUGAAUCCGGAUGGACUAUCAAAAACGUUCUCUCCAUGCCAAUAGUGAAUAAAAGGGAAGAAAUUGUUGGUGUUGUCACAUUUUAUAACAGAAAAGAUGGGAAACCAUUUGAUGAACAGGAUGAAACCCUCAUGGAGUCCUUGACACAGUUCCUGGGUUGGUCUGUCCUCAACACAGACACAUAUGAUAAGAUGAACAAGUUGGAGAACCGUAAGGACAUUGCUCAGGACAUGGUGCUCUACCACGUGAAAUGUGACAAGGAUGAAAUCCAGGAAAUUCUGCCAACACGAGAAAAGCUGGGGAAGGAGCCAAGUGAGUGUGAUGAAGAGGAGCUGGCAAGCAUUCUGAAAGAAGAACUCCCAGGACCCACGAAGUUCGAAAUCUAUGAGUUCAGGUUCUCAGAUUUUGACUGCACUGAGCUAGAGCUGGUGAAAUGUGGCAUUCAGAUGUACUACGAGCUUGGCGUGGUGAAAAAGUUCCAGAUCCCACAGGAAGUUCUGGUAAGGUUUGUGUACUCUGUCAGCAAAGGCUACCGGAAGAUAACUUACCACAACUGGCGUCAUGGCUUCAACGUAGCACAGACCAUGUUCACACUCCUGAUGACUGGCAAACUGAAGCGUUACUACACCGACCUUGAAGCCCUUGCAAUGGUAACUGCAGCCCUGUGCCAUGAUAUUGACCACAGGGGAACCAACAACCUCUACCAAAUGAAAUCUCAAAAUCCUUUAGCUAAACUUCAUGGAUCCUCUAUUUUAGAGAGACAUCACUUGGAAUUUGGAAAAUUCUUGCUCUCUGAGGAGUCACUGAAUAUAUGCCAGAACCUCAACCGCAGACAGCAUGAGCAUGUGAUUCACCUGAUGGAAAUUGCCAUUAUAGCAACAGACCUGGCACUCUACUUCAAAAAGAGAACAAUGUUUCAAAAGAUCGUUGAUGAGUCUAAGACUUAUGACAGUGUGACUGCCUGGACUGAAUAUCUGUCUCUGGAGACAACAAAGAAAGAGGUUGUCAUGGCCAUGAUGAUGACUGCCUGUGACUUGUCAGCUAUCACAAAGCCUUGGGAAGUCCAGAGUAAGGUAGCUCUACUGGUAGCAGCUGAGUUCUGGGAGCAAGGAGAUUUGGAAAUAAGCGUCCUUCAACAACAGCCCAUUCCCAUGAUGGACCGAAGGAAAGCUGCUGAGCUUCCAAAGCUUCAAGUGGGUUUCAUUGACUUUGUGUGCACAUUUGUCUAUAAGGAAUUUUCCCGUUUCCAUGAGGAAAUUCAGCCUAUGCUUGAUGGGCUGCUGAACAACAGAAAUGAGUGGAAGACCCGUGCGGAUGAGUAUGAUGCAAAAGUCAAAGCUCUGGAGGAAGAGAAGAAAAAAGAGGAGGAGAGAAUGGCUGCAAAAAGAGGUGAAAUAACCUGUAACGGAGGAACAGCUCCAGCUUCCAAAACCUGUAGCAUACUUUAGACUUAUUCUCACUGCAAGAUAUGCCACACGAAAUAAGAAUGCCCAUAAUUGAAAAACAAACAAACAAACAAAAAACACCAAAACAAACAAACAAACAAAACCCCCAAAAUCAUGGCAUACAAAUACAUUCCUGAUAGGAGUAUUCUGAUAAUUUAUUAGGCUUGUGACCAGUCAGGGAAGGGCUAGAUCUUGUUUGCCUUAAUUGCAUCUCUUCCUGAUGGUAGAGUGC